ACCUCCGUCCUGGUAGAUAAUCGUUCGUUCUACAUUCCGAACAUCCCAACUUUGCCGUCAUUCCGCAUUCCAACCGAUCAACGGAUUUCUCUGCCGCAUCUUAACCUUAACCUUAUCUGAUCUGCCCGUUAACGAGACUUUCCGCGGCCAUGGCGCCGGCCGAUUCAUUAUCGGCGCCCGGGACGGCCACCUACGCCUCCGAUACUUUGGUGGUCGGAGAUGGAACCUGGGAUUUCACUAAGAAUACAUUCCUCUUGCCAAAUCUCAUGGGCUUGAAUAUUGAUACUAUGCGAUAUAAUGGCAUGGGUAACCGCUUUUCAACGGUAGAACAGUACCAUCAAUUGAUUACCGGCCAUGGAAUCCUCGCUGUUAUUACAUUCCUUUUCGUUAUACCGGCUGCGGUUAUGUACGCAAGAUUUAGACCCCACGGUUCUUCUCUUCGAUUACACGCAUAUUUGCAAGUCUUCGCCGUCCUUCUCUCUACCGUCGUAUUUAUACUCGGAUAUUUCGCCGUGGGCCCAAGUCGAAGUUUGACGAACCCUCACCAUGGAAUCGGAGUAGCCAUAUAUACUAUGAUUAUGGUUCAGAUCGUCGGAGGCCGCCUAGUGAAGCAUAUUCGUAGGAAGUCAUUUCGACUCAUGCUUCAUCGAUGGCUUGGAAGAGCGGUUGCAAUCCUAGGAAUUGUACAGAUCCCGCUAGGGCUCACACUCUAUGGAUCACCUCUGUAUACUUUCAUCUUAUUCGCUGUGUGGAUGGCGAUAUUAUUUCUCAUAUACUUCGUCCUCAGCUGGCGACAUGAGAGCAACCGCGAACGUACUGCUUUCCAUGGCGAUCGAUCUGAGGUUACAGAAUCAGAACGGAAGUCUGAACAUGAUGGAGGUUGGCUAGGCCCGCUAGCAUUAGGAGCUGGCAUUUGGGCACUCAUGCGUGGAAGAAAGAAGCAUGAAGACGAUCUAGACGGAAGCAUGAGUAGGAGUAGCCGUAGUCGUGCUCCUGAGGUCAUUCCGUCCCAAAGAGGCUCCGAGAGCUACAUGGACGAAAAAAUCUCUGAAAGAACCGAUCGUCCCCAGGGUGGUGGUAUUACGAAUUGGCUUCUCGGUUUGGCUGGACUGGUUGGGGCUGGGAGCUUGGUUAAAGGGGCGCGGGAUAAGAGAGAACGACGAAGAUAUGAUGAUGAAGAAUACUCAGCAGUCCCGACGGAUACACCCAGUCGAUUCAGCCGUCCUAGUCGGACUCGAAAGACUACUACCGACCAGUAUACUGAGAGUGAAUUUAGUGACGAUCGGACAGAGUUACAUGCUCGCCCAAGACCACAUACUCCAUUACUGCCUGGUCCUAGAAACCCUGCAGCCACGACUGUUCUGAGUGGUACAGACACCGAGCCCAUGACGCCGCGCCCAUUGCACUCUCGACCACCUCCUGCAGAAAGCAGUUACAUCUCGGAUUAUUCGUCAUACGUGAGCCCGUCAAGGCGAGCCGCAGAAGACGAGAAAAGUAGCGUUGCAAAGGGUGUUCUCGCUACCAUUGGACUGGGUUGGCUCGCUAAGAAAAUGAAGGGUAGUCGAGACGAAAAAGCCGAAGAGGAACGCCGAAGGAUGGAGGACGAGAGACGGGAUGGACGUCGCGGCUCGAAAUUUACAGGAGAUGGUUACAGUACGCCAACAAGGUCAUCGCGACGUCGACCACCUGCACCAUCUGCUCUAACCGCCACAACUUAUACCGCUGACACCGAAUCAUCUAUGCUUGAAGCUCGCCCUCCGGGAACGAGCGUUAGUGGUCCGCCAAUGCCGCCUCUUGGUCCUAGGGGUGCACAAGCUCAUGCUCCAGCUCCGGCUCCGGCUCCUGUCCCUGUCCCUGUCCCCGGCCCGCAUUCACACUCACAUUCGCAUUCAAGGUCAAGAUCGAGAUCAACAAGAAACAGCGGUCUGGCGGAUCCCAUCUCGAUGCCAGCUAUGCCACCGGACCCACACGGCGUGCUCCACCCAAUACACUCUGCUACCGACUCUUUCGCCUCGAGCGGCGGUGGUCUUCAUAGACAAGGGUCUUCACGACACCGUAGUAGAGAGGAUGCCGCCGCGGCUGCUGCUGCUUCGAGUCUAGCUGCCGAAGAAGAAGAUCGUCGCCGAAGAGAUCGCAGUCAAUCCUCCACCCAACCUGUCAGUGUAAAAGUAAGAUACCAUGAUGACCGAGAUAGGAACAUAACACUACGUCGUCUUACGGAACAAGAAGCGGAGGCAUCACGACGUGGUAAUCGUGGAAGGUCGGAUUCUAUUAGUUCUAUAUCCGACAGCGAAGCACCUAGUCGACGAUACCGACGCGACUCAAGUUCGCAUAGGACAGGAGACGAAGCUGCGACGGAGAGAUUGGUCUCCUCCGAACCUAUGUCACCGCCUACCCCUGUUGCUGCCGGAGGUAGACGUGCCGGCAAAGACUCAGCUUAUUACUCCGGUCAACCGGGUCCCUCAGGUGGAAUGGCCAUGGCGAACCCGACUAUCUCUAGCAUAGCUACGGACAGUCAUGCAUGGAGCGGGAUGAGCCCGUCGGCUAGCGGACAGACGGGUACUCCAGCCUCGAUAGCACCAUCAGCUGCGGAGCGGAGACGACGACGACGGCUAGAAAGGAGAGACCAAAGACCUGGAUCAGGGACGGUCGAUUAUUCCUAAUGUGUCAGCAACUGCGUAUAAGCAUUUUCAAUACGCAUUGCCCGGUGUUUUGGCGUCUACUUUACUUUGAUGAUUCGACUCGUCCAUGAACUUGAACGUA